UCUCUUUUCUCACUAACUUUCUCACUACAGGGCAGACGACCUUGCGGCUCACUACGGAGUACAGAGGACAGAUCCUCUCUCUCUCUCGGGCGACACAACAUGGGUUGCGCCACCUCCAAGGUAGAGAGCGAGGACACCGUGGGCCGCUGCAGAGAGCGGCGCCGCCUCAUGAAGCAGGCGGUGAAGUCCCGCCAUCACUUCGCUUCCGCCCACGCCGACUACCUUCGCCACCUCCGCCUCACGGGUUCGGCUCUCUCCCAUUUCGCGGCCGGCGAGUCCCUCGCCGUCAGCGACGGUACUCCCCCCGUCUUCCUCAGUCGUUCCCUCUCAUCCUCUGCCGCUGUUCCUCCUCCUCCUCCUCCGGCCCUUCACCCUCCCGCGAAAUCCAAAUCCUUCCACCAAACUACCACUUCUGCCGCCGAUUCCUCUCCCGCUAAUCUUCACCUUCCCGCCAAAGCCGUGACGGCGGGAGUUUCCACUGGUAGACUUGACCCGGAAUCCGCAAGCCCGUCGCCUACUCAUUCUAUAUCCGGAUCCUCUGCUUCUUCCAGUUUCCGGGCUGCGGGAAAACCCAGCGUCACCGCGAAGACGAAUUCAGUCUACUCCAACAUGUCCCCUUCACAGACGUCCUCGAUGUGGGACUGGGAGAAUUUCUAUCCUCCAUCACCGCCGGGAUCAGAUUUCUAUCGGCAGCGCGAAGAGGCGAAAUCCCGGGUGCACGAGGAGAGUGUCAUCAGCGAGCGGGAGGAGGUGGAAUGCAGCGAGUGGGGAGAUGAGCAGUGCUGCAGCAGCAGUGAAGCCGACUCCGGCGAUGAUGACAGGAACCACGGAGUGCCGGCGAACGUGGAGUCUCGUUCCGAAAGUUGGGUUCCGCCAGAAUCGGUGGAGAAGUUCAGCCGGAGGUCGGACAAUGAGGAUUUGGUUCGCUCCUCUGUGAAUGGGAACGAAAGUGUACAAGACUUAAAGAUGGUGAGGAGGCACAAGGAUCUGGCGGAGAUCGCCGUGGCAUUGGAAGAAUGUUUCGUUAAGGCGGCUGAAGCCGGGAAGGAGGUUGCGGAACUCCUCGAGACGGAUAGAGAGCAGCUUGAUCGGAGUUUCCGGCAAUUGACGAGAACUGUCUACCAUUCAAACAAUGUCUUCAUUAAUAUUUCUUCUACUUGGACAUCGAAGCCACCACUUGCAAUUAAGUACAGCAUGAAGACAGGGGCACUCAUAGAAUCUGGUGAUCGGAAAAGCCACUGCUCUACGUUGGAGCAACUUCUUGCAUGGGAGAAAAAGCUUUAUGAAGAAGUCAAGGAAAGGGAAGCAGGAAGAAUAGAACAUGAGAAAAAACUGAGUUUAUUACAGAGCCAAGAAUAUAAAGGAGAAAAGGAGGUCAAGCUGGACAAGACCAAGGCAUCUAUAAAAAGGCUGCAGUCUCUGAUAAUGGUUGCUUCUCAGGCUGUAAAUACAACUUCCUCUGCAAUUACAACAGUUAGAGAUAAUGAACUCGGGCCACAACUGCUUGAGCUUUGUCAUGGUUUGAUGAAGAUGUGGAAGGCCAUGAAUCAUUUCCACGAGAUCCAAAAUGAUAUUGUUCAGCAGGUUCGUGGUCUCACAAGCCGUUCUACUGUUGGAGAUUCAACUUCUGAUCUACACCGGCAGUCAACUCACCAUCUCCAACUUGCUGUAUCUGGCUGGCACUCUUCCUUCUCACGGUUGGUAAAGCACCACCGUGACUACAUUCACUCGUUGCAUUCUUGGCUCAGACUCACCCUUCAACGCAUAGAUGAUUCAUCUGAAACUCUCCCUGCUGCCACAGUGCCUCUAGCCUCCGAAUCUGCCUCACGCAUCUACUCCCUGUGUGAUGAGUGGAGACAUGCUGUGGAUCGUAUCCCUGAUACGGUUGCCUCUGAGGCUAUCAAAAGUUUUGUCACUGUCAUUCAGACCAUUGCAUUGCAACAGUCAGAGGAGCUCAGAUGCCGAAAACGAUCUGAAUCAGCAGCAAGAGAACUUGAGAAGAAGACUGCUGCCCUCAGAGCAGUUGAGAAGAAGUUCUAUGGUUCAGUGGCCUCAUACUCAGUCGCAGGAAUUAAUAUUCCAGGCAGUGGGUCAGAUCCAGCAGCUAUUGAUGCAAGGGAUCCACUAGCUGAGAAGAGGUUGGCAGUGCAAUCGUGCCGGAGGAGAGCAGAAGAAGAGCUUUCAAAGCAUGCAAAGGCGGUGCAGGUAACAAGGGCAAUGACUCUUAACAACAUCCAGACAGGCUUGCCGGGGGUCUUCCAGUCUAUGACAGCAUUUUCUGGUGUGUGUUCUGAGGUGUUCGAAGCCGUAUGCAACCAUGUUGGAGUCUAGUCAUAGGCAGCAACCAUGCUAUGGCGCUGUUCAGGUGAAACCACCUAUAAUCUUGGUGGUCAGAGGUAAAGCUAAAAGGUUCACCAGCUUCUCUUUUGAUGAAAAUUUGAGUAUAUUAUUAUUGUUGAUGGUAAUAUAUAAAGUUGUACAGGGAGGUAUUUUUUACUAUGGAGUAAUAAGAUCAAAUGUAUGAAAUAAAUUUGUCCCACAA